UGUGACUUUGUACCAAAAAUUUUGAUCAAAACACCCGGCGGCGACGACUGGGCGAGCGGCGGCGCCAUUUGUCACAUCUUUGCCCAGCCCUUCGCCGGCGACGAGCAUCCACCAGCUUCAAGCAGAAGACACCACUUCUUCAAGAUGCCAAGGGCCACGGGUGAUGCAAAGCUUCUGAUCCAGUCCCUGAACAAGGCAUAUGCUGCCACACCAACAAAUCUUAAGAUUAUCGACCUGUAUGUGAUUUGUGCACUCGCUACUGCCAUGAUUCAGGUUGCGUACAUGGGAUUGGUUGGGUCAUUCCCCUUCAACUCCUUCCUCUCAGGUGUUCUUUCAUGCAUAGGAAGUGCAGUACUUGCUGUUUGCCUCCGCAUUCAAGUGAACAAAGACAACAAGGAAUUUAAGGAUCUUCCCCCAGAAAGGGCCUUUGCUGACUUUGUUCUGUGCAACCUGGUGCUCCACCUGGUGAUCAUGAACUUCCUUGGAUAAGCAACUGCUGUACACCGAGUGGUUAAGAUUUUGUAGCCCCAGAUUGUGGUCACUGAUCAGCGCAUUUUAAUGUUUGGAACUGUCAUAAUGUCGAGUAUGCAUAUGAUUUCUCACAGAUUACCUAUGUAAGCCCAGAAUUCUUCGAGGAACUAUUAGUGGAAUUGUCAGUGUUGAUCCAGUGUUGACAAUGUAAUACUGCGAGCAUUUGUGUUCAAGGAAGGGAAAUGGCUAUAUGUUACAUCAUUUUAGUUGAAGCAUUACAUGGAUGAGGAAUCGUUCGCUAUGAUGGAAAUAUUAUUUUUAUUGAUAGGA